AUGCUCUCUCCACUAGACUACUCGGCUCACCCACACAUAGUUGAGCGGAUCAUUGCUUUGUCCGACACUCACGCCCUUCUCCCCCUCCGCCACCUGAAUCGCGCUCUCAAACGCACCAUCGACCGCAGCCUAUGUAACCACCUGAUCGUGUCGCAGCCUGAGGCCGGACGGUGGCUGGAGUGGCACGUCUCCUCUCCCUCCUCCACCCCACUCCGCCUUCCGACUUCGCACGCCCGCCGCGUCGCCGCGCAAAUUGUCGAUCCCGCGUUGCUCCUACAACGGUCGUUCUCCGGCAUGCUGUUCCGCCUGGCGCCGGGCGACGUCUCCUGGCUCGAAUCCACCCUCGCGUACACGCACACAGUCAGCAUCCGUGGGGACAUAUGGUACGGCAACCGGACGCUGCCGUUCGGCGCGCUCUCGAGCGUGUUCGCGCGCGCCGUGCCACGCCUCCGUCUCCUCCCUGCCCCCACUGGAGCCUACCCCUCCCUGCACCCCUUCACGGCGCGCUGCGUCGAAGUAUGUGCGGAAAUACGUGCGGACACGCGCUGCGACCGCGCCUGGGUUGGCACCGGCACGCUGCUCCCGCCCGGCGUGGAGGAUCUGCGGAUUCAACUGCGGGUGGAAAGGCAGGACUGGGCGGGCGAGCGCGCCCGCCCCCUCGUAUAUCCCCUUAGCGUGAGGCGUGUGCGGGUCGACCUCGACGUUGCGCCGGGCGAGGCGGUGCGCGUCGUCGGCGACAAGCUCUUCCGCCACUUCCGGGCAGACAUCGCGUGGACCGUCACGGGCCUCGACGCCGGCAUCGUGCUGGCGCUCGUUGCGGCCGCAUCCAGCGCGGAGACAAAGGAGGUGCGCGCGGCCAUGUCAUUCGGUGCCUCCGGCACCUAG